AUGAACCUUGAACUUGAAGUCACUGAUGAAGAACUUUGGGGAUGUGUCAGGCAGUUCGACGUGAAAACAUUGCAGGAAUUUCUGUCAAAAGUGGACGUUCCGAAAAGCGGUUCCAAAGACUGUCUGCAAAAGCGGCUGUUCUAUGCAUUGAAGCUGGGACUCCCCAUAGUGCCCACGGCCAGUAACGAAGAACUGAGCAGACGUGAAAGCCGGGAGAGAAAGCUUCGCUUUGGAGAACAAUUUAAGUUGCCUCACCCCCUCACUCUCGAUGGCUGGGAAGGUACAUCCGCAAAUCUUCCACCAAUUACAGAAGAAAAAGUAAACCAUUAUUUCCGGACACGAAACAAAGAACUUGAGAUAAGUACAGAUGGCAGCAAAUCUCUCGGUCAAGGAAGGAGCAUGGCAGUUUCCAGCGGCAGGGUGCACACAGUUGAACACCACCACAUCAGUGAUAUUGUAGGGCUCAGCUACAUUCGAGGACUGGUUGUACCACAAACAAGAGUUCAUGAGCAGCCAUACAUGGUGUGGAUCCUUGUAUUUAAAAAUACAGGUGUUAUACAUCAGGCAGAUUGUCAUUGCAUUGCAGGGCUCAGCGGUAUGUGUAAACACGUUGCAGCACUAUUGUCAUUUGUGACACAACAAGUGGAAUGUGGUUCCAGUGAGUCAUGCACAAGCCAGCUUCAACAGUGGCACAGGCCAAGCAGCAGCAAUCUUAACCAGAAAUUAAAGACAUCGGCAUUCCUGAAAGACAUUAAAACACCCAAAGUGUCAUCUUCAAUGUGUGACAAUAGGAAGGGUCGAAGGGACAUGUUUGAUCCCCGUGCUGUGGUAAACAAGAAAGUAAGAAAGUUAUGCGAUUAUGAUUUAGAUAGUUUGGCUGACAUAUCAAAUGGUAAGGCUGCAGUGCUCUUAUAUGCAGCACAUCAAAGGCAUGUUCACCCAACAUUGACAUCAAAGCCGGAUAUCAAUCAUCUAAAUUCCACAUUAGAUGAAGAUAUAUCAUCAUCUUCACCAAUUAGAGUUUCAUCUGUUGUAGAUGCCUUUAGAGAAGUGAAGAAAAGUGCAGGUACUGAUGCAGCCACAUACACAGCCAUGACAAAAGAGAUGGCCUGUAGUGGUCGCAGUAGAGAGUGGUUGGCUGAAUCAACAUGUCAACAGGCAGAAUCACAUAUGUGGCACAAACACAGAGUUGGGCGCAUAACUGCCUCUAACAUGGGGGCUGUUACGAAACACGUGGAUGAAUCUGGGAACCUUACUGGCUCCACACAUAGCAUCAUUGCUACUGUGAUGUCUUACUAUAAGGACUUUGUAUCACCAGCCACCACCUAUGGUAAAAAACAGGAAGCUGUAGCAAAAUCUAAAUAUCUGAUGAAGAUGCGCAGAACACAUAGACAUUUCAACUUGGAAAAGAUUGGACUUUGCAUAUCCAGUAGUCACCCAUUUAUUGCAGCCAGUCCAGAUGGUUAUGUAAACUGCAAGUGUUGUGGAGCAGGACUUGUGGAAGUGAAGUGUCCCUUUAAAGACAAAUCACUAACUGUAACACAAUAUGCAUCCAAAGGGAAUACCUGCCUCACAGUUGACGAAGACAAAGUAAGCCUGAGAACAACCCACAAUUACUAUGCCCAGGUUCAGUGUCAGUUGUUCUGCACAGAUAGGAAAUACUGUGACUUUGUGUUGAUGACUGAAGCAAAAGAAGAUAGUAUGUUGAUACAACGUGUUUACAGAAAUGAUGAAAUAAUCAAUCAAAUGAAACACAAGGCAUCAAGUUUCUGGGCCAAUGCAGUCCUGUCUGAGCUUGAAACUGGAGCUGUAGAAAAGAAAAUUGCACUGAAAUAUAAGGAAAUGCAAACUGAACCUUAAAGCAAGUAUUGUAUAUUGUUGUUCAAAUUUCCUUGACCCAAAACUCCACCUCCAUUUUUUUUAAUCUUAAAUUCAUCAACAGGGCUUUUGAUUGUAUUCUGCACAGUGGACAAACUGAUGGGGGAUUCUGUUUAGAAAUGGAUACUUUACCACUGGCUUUUUGAGUGAACAAAAAAUAACAUGUUCAACCCUUAUAUACAUGUACAUGUAGAAUGAUUCAGUCCAAUCAAACUGGGGGAAAAUAUAUAACUUUUGAGAGGAAAAAGACAGAUUUUCCAGAACAAGUUAUUUUCAUAACAAACACUUGUAAAAU